AUGGUGUGUGACGGCCUGCUCGCCCCCUCGCCGGCCGCGCAGCGCAAGUCGCUCCGCCGCCUCGCCUCCACCAGGGGAUUCAAGCCGCGCCCGAACUCCUCCUGGAUCCGCGUCUUUGAGGGCCUCGAGCCUUACGCUGUAGACUCCCCGAGCAAGCUCGUCAAGAUCACCCAAAACACGACCGUCGAGGAUGUGAACAGGCAGCUCGGGCUCGGCGAGGAGCUGACCCUGUGGGUGCAGAUCGGCGGGGAAAACGCUCGGAGAUUAGAUGUGAACGAGUUCCCUCUCCGGAUUCAGGAGCAAUUUCUGUCGACGAGCGGCUGGAGGUCGGAGGCGCGAAGGUCGCGGCUGGCGGUGGAUCCGGAGUUGCGCCACUUCCUGCGCUGGUGCUCGGGGCCCGCCAGCCGCUCGGGCGGCCUGCGCCACUCGGGGACCGUUCACGUGCUCAAGGGCCAUGUGUUCCCGCAGUGGAAGCCGCGCAUCGCGCACAUAGUGGGCUCGCAGCUGCAUACUUAUGGCGUCUCGUGGGAGGUGCUAGAGCUGAGCGGCGGCAGUAUAGAGAUGUGCCAGCCGAAAUCCCAGAAGCUGGUGUUAUGUGUGAAGCCGCGAAGCUAUGGUAACACCGCCAUCGACUCUGGGGUGAACCAUCUGUUUCUGGGGUUCAGCACGGUCUGGGAGCGAAACAUGUGGUUGAAGUGGUUACAACAGGGUGCGCAAAGCACGCAGCCACCAAACAUUUUGGACCUCAGCGGCGGAGAUCGAACGUGUUUAUCGACAGCCCUAGCACAUCACAACAACGGCUUCUCAGUACGGGUGCUAAGGAUGUGUGGGAACACCCUGUACGCGGUGCCUCCCCAGACCUACACCUUGCAAGCUCUGACGCAUCUGGACCUCAGUGAUAACAAGAUCAGUGAACUACCGAAGGAGAUUUGCAAGCUGACGCAGCUGGAAGAGCUGUACAUCAGCAACAAUGAAAUCCAAUCCGUAGAAUGGGCUCUGCGGCUGCCAAGGCUACGGACGCUCGUAGCUAACCAGAACCUUAUCAAGCAGUUUGUGCCAGCCGCGACCAUGGUGCUGGGAGAGGAGUACAAGGACUCGUCGGCGCCGCUGACCAACGUUGACCUCCGACAUAACAAGCUCAAGGGAAGCAUCAUCCUGGGCAACUAUGAACACUUGGUGUCACUGGACGUGUCGUACAACGCGGUGGAGGUUCUGGUGCUGUCGGCGCUGCGCAGCCUGCGCGAGCUGCACGCGGCGCACAACGCCAUACAGCACCUGGCCGUGCACGGCGCGGCGCUGAGAGUGCUGAGGGCGCCGCAUAAUCGAAUUGAAAGUCUCACGACGUCGGUGCCUCCGAUCAACUUAGUAGAAAUUGACCUGUCUCACAACAGGCUCACCGCUCUCCCCCAGUGGCUGAGCGGUUGCUCCGACCUCACCAAGCUGUACGCCUGCAACAACCAGCUGGCGUCCCUCCCGGACCACCUCUUCUGCAGUGAGUUGUCCAGCUUGAGUCACUUACAUCUGGCGCACAAUAAGAUCUCCAACUUUCCAUCGAUGCCGCGGCUCAGAUCACCCCUAAAGGAACUCCUACUCCACGACAAUUGUAUACAGCAGCUGCCCGAAAACUUCUUCUCGGUGUGCGAUAGGUUGCAUAUCCUAAACUUGGCUAAUAACAGGCUAAGCAGGCUCCCGCGCGUGCGUGGUGCCUCGCCCCAUAACUUGGAACGAUUGUACUUGACGGCAAAUUGUUUGAUGGACGACGCGAUAGACGUCAUAAUUACUUUUAGAGGACUCAAAAUACUACACAUGGCCUACAACUGCCUGACGAACCUACCAGAUAACUGCUUCAAUUUCUGGCCUGAAAUUGAGGAGAUUGUCUUAUCGGGAAACUCGCUGUCGAAACUUCCAGAAGAUUUGCCCCAACUGAAUAACAUUAAAAUAGUACGAGCACAUUCGAAUAGACUACGAUCGAUACCUAUGUUUGCAUGUAGCGCUUCAGUGAAAAUAUUGGAUUUUGCACACAACGAACUGGAUACCAUAGAUUUACGAUUACUAGCACCGAAGCAACUAAAGUUCCUAGAUAUAUCUUGCAAUAAAAAGUUACAGAUGGAUCCGAAACAGUUUAAAGUGUAUAAAUGCCAGAGGCCGUUGAGUCUGGUCGAUGUAACGGGACAAAAUACCUUGCAGUUGCCUCAGAAAAGUGGAUUUCACGAGGAAUUGCAUGGAAUGACUACGUGGGUAACAGGAUUUUCUGAGUGUCCAAACAAAGCUCUACAGUUGCCAUGUGCGCAGAUACGUCUUCCAUCUUUUUGUAACAAAGAAGGACUAUUUGCUAUAAUUGACGGCGAAAAUGAUACUGAAGUUCCUAGAAUACUGCAAACGAGUCUACCCGGAUUACUGCUAGAAGAAAAGUCCAUUAAAGAAACAGUCAAUGAAUACAUGAAAUACGUUGUAUUGUCAGCUCACCGAGAGCUUAAAGAGAAGGGUCAAAAGAAGGGUGCCUCCUUAAUUAUGUGUCAUUUAUCUCCUGUAAAUGGUCCCGAAAAUGGUUUCGGCCUCGAGUAUAAACGGUACAAUUUGCGAUUAGCUAAUGUUGGAAAUACGAGAGCAGUUUUGAGCAGACGAAAUGGACCGAUGUGUUUAGGCAUCGAAAAUAAUAAACGUCUCGGAUACUCGAAUAGGUAUCCGAAUACUAUUCCAGAUCCUGACGUCAUACAUACCAUUAUCAAGGAAGAUGAUGAAUUUUUAAUACUAGCGAAUGGAAAGUUUUGGAACGUCGUCUCUGUGGAUGCCGCAGUAGCUGAAGUGAGAGCUGAAACAAAUCCCGUUUUAGCGGCUAAGAGACUACAGGAUUUGGCACAAAGCUACGGAGCCGAAGAUUGCGUAUCUGUUAUAAUCGUAAGAUUCGAUACCGGAAGACCAGACGUGGACUUAUUGAUGAGAGAGUUACGGCACACGAUUAACACGACCAAAUCGGUCUGCCGAUCUGAUUGUUGUUGCUCACGAUCGGAACCGUGCUGUCACUCGAUAACCUUGGCUAAACCGGGGAGCGAGCGUUCCUCGCCGAGUGGGCAAAGUGACAGGCCGCCCAGCGAAACUGUAAGCCAGCAACAUUACGCGAGUGUCAGAUCGCACACCAAAAUAUCGGAACGAAAGUCUAUAGGUGGGGUUGCUCGGGCCAUACGCGUACGUGUGGAGGACAAGGACGAUGAAACAAAACACGACGAAAACGCGCAACCCGAGGAACAGUUUAAGUGUUGGGAAUACAUGCUGGAACAGAACACGCAAAUGCUCUUCGAUAAGGAGCUCGAUAAUCUCUCUAAAGGUAUUAAAUCGAAUGGAGGUAGCUUGAGGAAUUUCAAGGGACUGUCUGGCAGCAGCCCGCAACUCCAUUUGCUGAGUAAGUCCACGAAAGUUCCCUUUCUCUCCAAACACUUUGGAAGUGCCAGAUCUUUUGGGAAUACCCUCAAAGUAGAUCCUCGGUUUGGAUCGGGAAGGAUUCCAAACGGUGGUCCGAACGCUGCGUAUUUCGGAUCGUUGCAGAGGCUGAUGCCAUAUCAUUUAGAAUACGAUUUUGCUGUGAUACAAGAGAAGAGUGCACCAUCUCAAGAUUCCUUGGAUCUUGAAGGUAGAAUGCAACAAUACUGGGGCGUCGCCACUACAGAACUUUAAAGGUGUAUCUGAAAAUGUAAAUAUAGGCUCCGAAAUAAGUGUAAUAUAUGUAAUUAAUAUAAUCAUAUAGGUACUAUUUAUUUUUCGACUAGAUCCUUUUGCACAAGUAACAUACGGUACAACUAUGACUUAACAUAUUACGAGAACUUAACAGAUACUGGACUUAUUUACAAUAGUGGUCAUAAGAUAUACGGAUACAAAUUAUUUAUUGUUUGUAAAUUCUAUUUUCAUUGUGAUAAAAUUAUAUAAAUUUAUUUUUUUACACUGAUGAAGAUUGAUAAAAGUAUUCAAUUGAUAUCCAAGAUUAAAAAUC